GCAAGGACUUUCGCUGCCAUUGAGCUGCAUGUCUCUGCUCUCGGGGGGAAACGUGGGCUCAUGCUGGGAUCUGCCCGAGAGAGAGAGAGAGGGAGAGAGAGAGAGAAAGAGAGAGGGAGAGAGAGAGAGAAGAGGGGAAGUGAGGAGGUUUAACAACAUCUGGACCUAAUUUGCGUGGGGAAAACGUCCACAGAUCGAGCUUCAAAAGUGCUUUCCGCAUUAAUUGCCGUCCACAUAUCUGCACCGUUGUUGCGUUUCGACAGCGAGACUCGCCGUGUGAGUUUGUGACAAUUCCACUAGCUCCACGCGUUGCCUCUCGUGCGUGUCUCUUGUGCGUGGGUGUGUGAGCGCGUAUUGUGUACGCGCCUCCCUAAGAACUGUUGUUUCCUAAGAACGGCACGGCAGGAGAAAGGACAAGGUGAACACCGUACUCUUCUUUUCAUAUAUAUACAUAAAGAGAGAGAGAGAGAGUGGGAGAGUGAGAAAAGUCUGGUAGCACUCUUCGUUUUCACUGGAAUCGGCGGGUUUUUUUGUGAUUGCACGAUUUCUGCUCUGGCGCACGCACACUGGCAGCCUGGAUGGAUUUACCAACGACUAGACGAGACACGCCGUCUAGCCCUUCACCAAAGUUUUGAUUGUCACCGCUGCUUCACGACCCCGGAGAAGAGGGGAGCGUCGAACCCCGAGGCAGCAUUCUCAGAGUCUGGUGACCACACGUGGGGACAUUCGGUGACGAAUAUUUCUCCAACAGCCCUUUCGCCGGUCUCUACGAUAUCUCUCAUGGGGUGACCCACAUUAAGCUCCUGAGACUUGACUGUGGGACAGACAGUCUCCCUCCCGGUCCUCUUCCUGUCCUUUCCUUAAGGGCGACAACUACUGGCAUAGACGCUCUCCACAACUCCACUGUGUGAAUGAAUCUUUGCCGUAAAGCCGCUGUGCUCUGCCACCCCGUCACCAUGAAGAGCAAGUAUUCCCAGUACUACAAUCGGACUCUGAUCCAUUCCUACUAUGCCUUUGCCAAGAACAUGACAACCCAGGAGCUCGACAAAAUCAUUGAGAACAAAAAACAUCUCACCACCCUCAACAUUGUCAUCGUGGUCCUCUGCACCAUCAUCAUCCUAGAAAAUCUACUGGUUCUGAUUGCUGUCUGCCGCAACAAGAAGUUCCACUCGGCUAUGUUUUUCUUCAUCGGCAACCUGGCGUUUUCCGACCUGCUGGCAGGCUCAGCCUACAUAGCCAACAUUUUUCUGUCCGGCUCAAGGACCUUUGAGCUGGUGCCCGUGCAGUGGUUCAUCAGGGAAGGCACGGCGUUCAUUGCCCUGGCUGCUUCAGUCUUCAGCUUGCUGGCGAUAGCUAUAGAGCGCUACAUCGCUAUCACCAAGGUCAAGGUGUACGGCUCCAACAAAACAUGCCGGAUGUUCCUCCUGAUAGGAGCCUGCUGGGUCACCUCCAUCCUGCUCGGAGGCCUCCCCAUCAUUGGCUGGAACUGCAUUAACAACCUCUCUGAAUGCUCAGCCGUGUUGCCACUCUACUCCAAGAUAUACAUCCUCUUUGUUGUCACCAUUUUCAGCCUCAUUCUUCUCUCUAUUGUCAUCCUCUAUGUGAAGAUCUACUUGAUUGUCCGUUCCAGCCACCAGGAAGCAGCCAACUCACAAGCCUAUGCCCUUUUGAAAACUGUCACAAUAGUGCUGGGAGUCUUCAUUAUGUGCUGGCUGCCUGCCUUUACCAUUCUACUCUUAGAUUCAUCCUGCAAGAUACAGUCCUGCCCUAUUCUCUCCGACGCGAACAUCUUUUUCGGCUUUGCCACCCUGAACUCGGCGCUUAACCCAGUGAUCUACACGCUGCGCAGCAAAGACAUGAGAAAGGAGUUCCUGCGUGUGUUGUGUUGCUGGGGCGUGCUGAACAGCGGGCGGCCCUCUGACCGUUGUCUGGUCCCUCUAAAGAGCUCCAGCUCUCUGGAACACUGCACCAACAAACACGAACACCAGACCACACCAAUCAUGCAAGACUGCACUACCUGCGUCUGACAAACUCGUCCGAGGGCUGUGCGAGACAGAGAGAGAGAGAGGGACAGAGAGCACGUGCACAUAUGAAAUCCAGUGGAGAGACUGCAGUGGGAUGGAUGGACAUCUAAAGAGAUGAAAGCUCACCCUGGGACUAAGAGGUCUACCGAGACCGGGUUGCUUCUCUCUAAUGAGACGGAUAAUUGCAGACUUGCAAUCCAAAACUGUGUGAAUUCACAAUCAGCCAUGCAGCAGGGGUAAAUACUCAACGUUUCAAGAGGCAACCAAUGUCAUUAGCGAAAACAUGCAGAAAUGUGAAAAAAAAAGCUUUUAUGAUGGUACUUUUACUGAUUAUUGCGGAGCAGACCAAUCUCAUGUAUAUGCCUAUCAACUCGGUUUUCUUUCAAAACAUGUAAACCCCCUGUUAGGCCUGGACAAAAAGAGACACAUAACAUGCAUUAUAUCAUAGUUAUGGCGACUUAUUUGGACCUUUCAAAGAACAAGAAAAACUGUGUCAAUGCAAGAUUGCACUUUGUAGAUUACUGUAGAGAUUGUUGUCAUUUUUAAGGUUUGACCACAUCACUCUAGGCCCAGAGCCAGAGCCAGUUAUCAGCAUAAUUGAGCACUCCAAAGAAGUCAAAUUACUAAGCAGACCCUUGACAAAACCAGGGCUAUAUAAUCCCUAUGUAACCUUUUUUCAAACCAUUUGAUAAACUACAACAAACUUGCAUAAUCUGCUAACAUAUAAUGCAUGAAAAUCUAACUCUGAUGUAAGCGCUAAAUGUGUAUGAUAUAUUCCAGCUCUGACUUCCAUCACUAACACCCCUUCCCUCAUUUGUCCUUAUAAUCUGUCCCUCUUGCUUUUACUGUUGUCUUUUGUAUGUUGAACGUUUCCGUGGAGGAAGGCCUAAUCAGAAGGGCACAUUUCCUUAAGUGAGUUGGCACUGACGAAUUUUACUCAAAGACAGCUGUCCCGCAGCUUUGACAAAAUUGGGCUGGCAUCUCGACAGUGUUGUGGCAACGUAGCAGCAACGUGCCACCUCCGGCUAUGCCUUCCUCUUAGAGAAAAGAAAAAAAAAUAAGGCUGAAUGUAUGUAUGAAGUGUUUGGGGCUCGUGCUCCGUUGUUGACAGUAUUAUUGGUCGUCAUUUGAAUCACCAAGUCACUGACAAGCAGAGAGUGGGAUGAACAGGGUAGGUCACUCUCACUGUGAAGUCAUAAAUAGCGCAGUGAACAAGAAUUGGUAGUGAACGUCCUGGUUUAAUUCGCUAGCCACAUGCCUCGUGCAACUUAAGACAAAAGCGCAUCUCAUCUUUCCAAAGACCCCUCAACGCCCCUAUGAAAUAGGGGAAGAUCUGGUUUCUGGUGCAAAGGAGAGGGAUUUGCUGCCGUGGGAGAUCGGCUUCGUCCUCAUUUUCUGAUGGCCUACAACAUGCAGCUUCCUUCAACCAUAGGAAGUCCUGCUUUUAAUUGUCCGGUUCCUGUUGUUCGGGAUUACACUAACCUUCUUCCUGCAGACACACAAUUAAAGAUAUUCUCUCCGUCAAGUGUUCUAUAUAUUGACUUUUAUACUUAGAUGGCCAAGUAGAAAUGGUGAAAAGCACUUUGGCAGCUUCAGAUGUUUCCUUUCGCCCAGUUGUUUUUUUUUUUUUUUCAAAUGGAGAGGUGCUUUAAUCUGUGUACCUUUGGCUUCAUAGUAUGUCAGACUCGGAUGUUUGUUAUGAUAAAUAUAUGAAUAACUAUGUAUGUUUGUAAGUAUGUAUGUAUCUUUGUACAGUAUGUAUGAUUUGAUGUUGUAUGACAUGUCUCGUGUGCAAUAGCCUUGUGUGUCCAGUAGCACGCUGCCUAUCUUAAAUUGGUACAAUCUGAAACACUAAUGUAGGUACACAAGCAUUUUGUUAAUUGCAUUCCUGUUUUAUAAAAUAAAUGAAAUACUGGAAAAAAAAAAAAA